AUGGUAGCCUUUUCCGGAAAGAGGGCCCACGAUGCCCCUGGGGAAAACAUCCUCGCUCCUUUGGCGGUAGUGGGGAUGUCUUUGAAGUUUCCGGAAGAUGCUACAUCCCCAGAAGCAUUUUGGAAAAUGCUGGUUGAAGGCCGAUGUGUUUCUACGGAGUUUCCCAGCAAUAGAAUGAACAUUGACGCCCAUCACGACGCUGAACGAGGCCGACUCCAUAGUAUUUCUUGCCGAGGAGCGCACUUCCUGAAGGAGGACCUCGGUCUUUUCGACGCCCCAUUCUUUGGGAUUACUGAUACUGAUGCAAAGGCUAUGGACCCCCAGCAGCGCCUUGCGUUAGAGACAGUUUACCGUGCGCUGGAGAAUGCCGGGCUUCCGAUCGAGCAAGUUGCAGGCUCAAAGACAAGCGUAUUUGCGGGCUCCUUUUGUAGCGAUUACCAUAUGCUACAGAUAAAGGAUCCGCUCAACGUGCCCAAGAAUGCCACCGCAGGGACUGGUCGGAAUAUGAUUGCGAAUCGCAUUAGCUGGUUCUAUGACUUUUUAGGGCCUAGUGCAACUAUUGAUACCGCCUGCUCAAGCAGUCUGAUGGCGGUGGAUCUCGCCUGUCAAUCGAUAUGGGGCGGAGAUGCGGCAAUGGGCGUCGCCAUUGGCUGUAAUAUAAUCCUGGCUCCAGAGAUGACAAUUGGCCUAGACAAUCUUGGGUUGUUAUCGAGAGAUAGCCACUCCUAUAGCUUCGAUAAGAGAGCCAAUGGAUAUGCCAGAGGAGAAGGUGUCGGUGCUGUGGUCAUUAAGCGGCUUGAUGACGCUAUAGCAGAUGGAGACUCCGUAAGGGCUGUCAUUCGAUCGUCCAGCUCGAAUCAGGAUGGAAGGACGCCUGGAAUCCUGCAACCGAGCAAGGACGCACAGGUUCGUUUGAUUCGGGACACCUAUCAAAAGGCUGGUCUGGACAUGGGGGUCACCAGAUAUUUCGAAGCACAUGGAACGGGAACACCCAUUGGAGAUCCUAUUGAGGCUCGAGCUAUUGGCACGGCAUUUCGUUCCUAUCGAUCAGAGCAAGCGCCUCUACAUGUUGGUUCUGUCAAAUCCAACAUUGGCCAUUUGGAAGGGGCAAGUGGGAUUGCUGGCUUUAUCAAAGCAGUCCUUGUGUUAGAGAAAGGUUUUAUUCCACCGAAUAGCAACAAUCUGCAGCACAUAAAUCCUCAGAUUGAUGAGGACUAUUUGAGGCUAAAAAUACUAAACAAAGCCAUCGUCUGGCCUACUACUGGAAUACGACGAGCAUCAGUGAGCUCAUUCGGCUUUGGUGGAGCCAAUAGCCACAUUGUGCUUGACGAUGCUUACAAUUCCCUUCAACUGGGUGGAUUCGAGCAAGUUGGACACCAGACUGUGAGAGUGCCUUCAUUGGGCCAGGUCAAUGGCACGCCACAAUUGAACGGCCACCACGAUACCGGUGGUACGGAUACGUUCAAUGACUCCACAAUUGCCUGCAAAACGGUUCCGAAACUGGUAGUAUGGUCAGCUGCAGACCAUGCAGGCAUAAAACGUCUUGCAGAAAGCUGGAGCACGUAUCUCUCCGAUUUGUCAGUCGAAGAGACAGAAGAAUACCUGAGAGAUCUAGCACAUACCUUAUGUGAUAGGCGAAGCCACUGGGCCUGGAGGACAUUUGUUGUUGCUAAACCAGGGGUACUUCUACAAGAUCUGACCAGACAGUUUUCCCCUGCUACUCAAAGCAUUGACUCACCACACCUGGCAUUUGUCUUCACUGGCCAAGGCGCUCAAUGGUACGCAAUGGGGCAGGAACUACAAAAACCGGGACUGGAUUCGAACGUAAAUGACCCGUCUUACGGCCAGCCACUAUGCACAGCACUGCAAAUUGCAUUGGUUGAUCUCCUUGAAAGCUGGGGAGUUUCACCUGCUGCAGUGGUUGGCCAUUCCUCUGGUGAAAUUGCCGCGGCAUACUCUUCUGGCGCCUUAACAAAAUGGUCUGCUCUAAAGGUUGCAUACUUCAGAGGCUCUCUGGCGGGCGUCUUAGGCAGGUCUAGCAGCAUAAAAGGAGCUAUGCUUGCUGUAGGCCUGUCUAGAGAAAAUACUCAGAAAUACCUAGACGCACUUGAGCCCCAGUUCGAGAGGGUAGAAGCUGUUGUCGCUUGCGUCAAUAGCCCCCAAAGCGUUACAAUAUCCGGGAAACUGGAGCAGAUCGACGCACUGCAUGACCUACUAGAUCGGGAUGGCGUAUUUUCCCGCAAGCUGGCCGUUAAUGUUGCCUACCACUCGUUCCAGAUGCGUGAGAUAUCUGACAGAUAUUUCACUGCUCUUGGGGACCUGGAGGCACCGUGCAAGAGAAAGAGAAGACGGCCAUUCAUGGUGUCCUCAGUCACUGGGACCUUGGUUUCGAGCGAGCGGCUAGUGGAGCCGGAGUAUUGGGUCACUAACAUGGUCUCACCCGUGUUGUUCCACGAUGCAAUAAGCUAUCUCUGCUCCCAGUCCGGCAAGACGUACAAGAAAAUCGAUGGGAGUCAUCGCCAUGCCAUCACGAUCAAUCAUCUCUUAGAGAUUGGCCCACAUUGUGCACUGCAGGGGCCGUGCCGGGAUAUUGUUAGCGUCUUGAAAAAGAGCGAUAGAGUCACAUACAUUCCUUUAAUGAUACGCAACCGCUCUGCUCUGGAAUGCGCCAUGGAAGCUGCAGGACGUCUUCACUGCAGCGGAUAUCCGAUCAAAUUGGCGUUGGUCAAUGAUAAUGGCGAGGCGAAGACUCAACGACGACCCCGUGUGCUAGUGGAUCUGCCCGAAUAUCCCUUCAAUCAUUCUACAUCGUACUGGCAUGAGGGCCGGUUGAGCGAGGGAUACAGAUUCCGUCGAUAUGGCUAUUUAGAGCUUCUUGGUACCCCCGAGCCCAAUGGAAACCCAAUGGAGGCCAGCUGGAGGAACAUCAUCCGUGUUUCUGAUAUGGCAUGGGUGCAAGAUCAUAAGAUCAAUAACACUAUUUUGUACCCAGGUGCCGAUUCCCACGCAUGCGGAAGGAAUAGAAGUCAAUGUCCACCUGAAACGCACGAAGGAGGGGGAGGUCUGACGCCACAGGGUGGUAUGAAUGGCGCAUAUAUUCAUACGACAAUGGCAACUGGGUGGAGAACAGCACAGGGUCCAUCCAAGCUCUAUAUGAGAGCCGAAACACAGGCCUCGAUGCUAACAUUAGGGAAGAGAGAGCAUGGGAAAGCCAUCUUCUUGAGACCUACAACACUGUGCUGUGGAUAUCAGUACGGACCCGAAUUUGCCGCAAUAAAAUCUAUCGGUUACAGUGAAACGGACUGCAAAGCGCUCAUCACGGGUAUCCGCACAUUCCAGCCUACUGGCGUUUAUCCGGAUCACACUAUACAUCCUACAACGCUAGACGCGAUAAUCCAGAUGGCAGCCGGGCUGGAAUCAAACAUGGGCCAGAGUGUAGCCAGUGUGGCCGUACCAGUACGGAUUGAUCGGCUCUGGCUGUCUAACACAGGUGGUCUCAGCCAUCCAUUGGCAGAUGCUGUCAGGGCGUAUGCGGCUUGCAGUCAAUCUGCUGUAGGGUAUAAAAGUUACUCAAUGACAGCAGUAGACGGAGAAGUCUCUAAAGCACUCCUGAAUCUUGAAGGCUUGAAGGUGACGGCCAUUGCCGGCUCGGAGACGACUCCUGUCUCGGAUCCGUUCACGAAAGACAACCUAUGCCACUACAUAGCACAUAAACCUGACAUUGACCUCUUGACAAUUGAAGAGGCUCAGAGACUGUAUGGAGCCCACGAAUCACAGGUCAUAGAGCCAGUGGAGCACUUCACUGAGCUUGACUUUGUUGCAGCAGCUUCCGUCAGCAGGUAUGCAGCCUCGUUCCGCGAAGAGGAAAGAGACAAUAUACCGCCUCACUUGAACAAAUACAUAGACUGGGCUCUGGAAGUCAAAAGAACCGUGGAUCAGGGUUUAUCCGAAUUUAGCGCCAAAGAAUGGAUAGAUCGCAUGGGUGAUGAUGACUAUGUCAGCGAGCUACAUAGGCGAGUUGAGAGCGGCAGUAAAAGGGGCCAGUUAACAAGUACGGUAUGCCGAAAUUUGCCCGAUUUCGUGAAAGAUCCGCUUACCCAUCUGUUCGGCAACAACCUGCUCGCGGAGGUAUAUCGUGAAAUGCUUUACGCCGAUUCCAUUAAACCACGGCUAGACAGGGUCAUUGGCGCACUGGGACAUAAAAACCCGCGGAUGAAAAUUCUAGAAGUGGGAGCUGGCACAGGAGCCAUGACUGACUUCUGCAUCAGGGCAUUGAGCAUGGACACCUCAACGGACGCAAGCCUGCGUCGUUAUGGUCAGUGGGACUUUACCGAUAUUUCAAGUUCCUUUUUCCCAGGGGCACAGGAGAUGUUCGCAGCAGAAGGGCAGCGUAUGCGAUUCAAAGUCCUUGAUAUUGAAAAGGACCCUGAGAUACAGGGGUUUGAGUGUGGCACUUACGAUAUGGUUGUAGCGUUCAUGGUAAUUCAUGCAACGAAGGACUUAGCUGUGAGCCUGCGCAAUGUGCGUAAGCUAUUGAAAGAGGGUGGAAAGCUUCUACUGUUCGAAAUCACUCACUUUCACCCACUCAGGGUCAAUCUUAUAUUUGGUUUGCUUGACGGGUGGUGGAGAAGCACGGAAACAUACCGCCAAACGAGUCCCUGUAUCAGCUCCGAGAAGUGGGGAGAGCUUCUAAAGGAGACAGGCUUCUCAGGGUGCGAUCUUGUAGUCGAUGAUUACGACGCCGAUAUCUGCCGUGAAGGAAGCAUGAUUGUGUCGACAGCCGUCGCUCCAAGCCCCGUUGAAAUCACGACGGUGAACAUAAUCAUCCAAACGGAAGACCAGACACAGGCUGAUCUGGCCGCGGCAAUAUCUGGUCGGCUCCAGCAGCUCGGAAUUUCGAAGAUCACCCUGACAUCCUUGACUGACAUGGCGCAGCGGAAGUUAUCGACGGACUUGCUGGACAUUAGCCUUCUGGAAUCGACAACCCCUUUUAUAUGCGACAUGGAUAGUUCGGAAUAUGAAGGCUUGCAGGCGCUGGUAGCAUCUACCAAGAGCCUCAUCUGGGUUGGUGAGGGCGGAGGGCGGCAGCCUCAUCCCAAGUACCGACUAGUCGACGGGCUCUUUAGGGUUCUUAGUGGAGAAAUGUACCGGGCUCGACUGACAAACUUGUCUCUUGAGCGUCACUCUUCAAGGAAGCAUAAAGCUGCGCAGAUUUGCAAGCUAGUCUUCUCUUCCAUUGGUGAUAUGGAUAGGAGUGCAGACACGGAAUACACCGAAAUUGAUGGAGUACUUCACGUCAGUCGCCUAGUAGAUGCUAGGUCACUGUCCCAAGGGGUGGUGAGAAAGGCUCUUCCACAGCAGGAGGGCCUGUUACCGUAUGGUUCAGGGCCGUCGUUGAGAUUGAGUAUCGGCUCGCCUGGUCUUCUGAACACGUUGCAUUUCGUCGAGGACAGGUCCUUGCAAAAGCAACUUGGACCCAGAGAUAUAAAAAUCAAGGUCAAAGCGGUGGGCCUGAAUUUCCGCGAUGUUCUUGUUGCACUAGGAAGGUUAGAGAGUGAUACUCUCGGGGCAGAGUUUGCUGGCGAAGUUGUCCAGGUUGGGGAUCAAUGCCAGAAAUUCCAGCCCGGCGACAGAGUAGUCGCUUUUCAUGCCAGUCGCUAUGCUAACUAUGUUACUGUGCGAGAGGACAUGCCCGUCGUUGGGAUCCGGAACGAGAAGAUGCUAUUUACGACGGCUGCUGCUAUCCCCGUAGCUUAUGCAACGGCGUGGAUAACUCUUACCAAGAUAGCAGGGCUUCAAGCAGGAGAAUCUAUACUAAUUCACUCUGGGGCAGGCGGUACAGGACAGGCUGCUAUACAGGUUGCCCGAUAUCUAGGAGCGACAGUAUUCGCGACCGUCUCAACCGACGAGAAGAGGCAGCUUCUGAUGGACCGCUAUAACAUCCCAACGGAGCAUAUUUUCUCUAGUCGGAACACACUAUUCGCGAAGGGUAUCCGGCGGUUGACGACUGACAGAGGCGUUGAUGUUGUUUUGAAUUCGCUCUCAGGUGACGGGCUUAUUGCCUCGUGGGAAUGCAUUGCACCGUACGGUCGGUUCGUGGAGAUCGGCAAGAACGAUAUCUUGUCUAACUCCAAACUGCCAAUGCUGCAGUUCGAGCGAAACGUGAGCUUCACGGCUAUUGACCUUGCUGAGAUGGCGAUCGACAGGCCGCAUAUAAUCAGAGCAGCUUUGGAGACAGUAUUCUCCCUACUUGAAGAAGGCAAACUAGACCUGGUUUAUCCUUUGCAGAUCCGAGGCAUUGCAGAUAUUGAACAGGCAUUCAGGCAGAUGCAGACUGGAAAGAACUCGGGCAAGACUGUGCUGGAGAUGAGGGAAACGGACCAAGUCAUGACGGUCCUUGACACGAAGCCUUCAUACACAUUCGGGCCUGAUGCGACAUAUGUUAUUGCUGGCGGCCUGGGUGGGCUUGGUCGAAGUAUUGCCCGUUGGCUUGUUGAGCGGGGAGCGCGUAACUUGAUACUGCUCUCGCGCUCUGGUCCGGAAAGCCCGCACGCCAGAAGCUUGGUCGAAGAGUUGCACGAACGAGGCGCGCGAGCCAUUACUCCUGCAUGUGAUAUCACAAACAGAGAACUACUGAAGACAGUUCUCGAUGUCUGCAGCCAGCUGAUGCCUCCGAUUAAGGGAUGUGUGCAGGCAUCAAUGGUCGUUCGCGUAAGCUCUCCCAGCAACCUACCCUACCAAUCCUGGAAGGAGACCACGGCACCCAAGGUUCAGGGAUCAUGGUACCUACACGAGCUUCUCCCACGAGGCAUGGACUUUUUCGUUCUCAUGUCCUCCGUCUCCGGCAUCAUGGGAGUAGUCAGUGACUCCGGGUACGCAGCAGGCAACACAUUCGAGGACGGACUAGCGAGAUACCGAGUCGGACUCGGUGAAAAGGCCGUUUCGCUAGACUUAGGACUCUUCCUAACAGCAGGAUACCUCAAGGAGAACCCCGAGAGCCGAGAGCAAUUCCUUGCCAACACAGUUCUUGACGAAAUACAAGAAUCCCAUCUACACGCUCUACUAGACACAUACUGCGACUCCACUCAAGGCCCGAUCUCCAUGCAGGAGAGCCAAGUGGUCGUAGGCAUCACACCCAGCAGGCAGAAACUGGAAACGCGCAAGGCCGAAUGGCUCGACCGCCCACUCUUCCGACAUUUAUCUCUGACUGACGGCCGCACAGAAGGCAGAGGGAGCUCCGAAGACUCCAACCUGGCAGCCCUGUUUGCGGGGGCGUCGUCAACAGAGGAGGCCGCAGCGAUCGCCAUGCGCGCAACACGGGAGAAGCUCUCAAUCAUGAUGUCGACGCCGGUGGACGAGAUCGACACGGACAAGCCCUUUCAUCAAUACGGAGUGGAUUCGCUGGCGGGGGUGGAGCUGCGGAAUUGGUUUGCGCGCGAGCUGCGGGCGGACCUGGCCAUGUUUGACAUCCUGGGUGGUGCGAGCCUUGCAUCGGUGGUAACAUUGGCAGUGGGGAAGAGCGAAUACCGACGAUGA